AUGAAAUCUGGAAAAAAUAGAGCCUUGCUUCACGAACGCAAGCUGCGAAAAAAUAAUAUUAUCGUUUUUGGAAUACCACGAUGCAGUGACAUCCUAAACAACACGAUUUCUGCUCUCAACAACCUACUCGGAGUGGAUAUUAAAGUUGAUGAUAUCAAUAACAUUACUCAGCUAGGGAACACCGCUAAUUCCCCAAUACUCAUUGAAUUCAUCUCUUUUUUGAAAAAAUCAUCCUUAUUUGGGCACGUAUCCAAACUUAAAGGAACCAAAAUAUCUAUAGCGAAUGAUCUCUGUCCGGAGGAUAGGGAAAAUCAUAGAAUCCUCGUGAAAUAUUUAAAAGAAGCGAAAGGUCGUAACUUGAAUGCUAAGAUUAAAGGUAAUAAGCUGGUGAUUGAUGAUACUGCCUAUUCUAUCGAAGACCUAGAAGCCAUGCCCGAAAGUGAAGCCGAAAUAUCCGACUCGGAAACUAUUGGUACCGGCAACAAUUUACUAUCCCAAGCUGCAGGAAAUCAAUCGAGCCCUGAACAAACUGUGAAAAAAAGAAAACGUGUGAAGAUCAUUCCAGGUCAAGAACAAGAAUUUAAGAGCACUGUUCACAAUAAAUAUGAUAUUAUCUCUGUGUCAGAGACAUGGCUUAGUGCAGGUAUUUUGGAUGAGUUGAUCUAUCUUAAAGGCUAUAAACUUUAUCGUCGUGAUAGGACUAGCGGAAGAGGGGGUGGUGUUGCAGUGUAUGUGCGGUCGAAGUUCAAAUCUAAAAUAUUCGCACUAAAUAAAGCGUGCGGCAGUGAACAGCUUUGGAUCGUCGUUAAAUAUUUAAAUUGUCAGUUUGGUAUCGGUACUCUUCACCGGCCUCCGAAAUGUUCUGCUGCUGAUUUUGUGGUAGAACUCGAAAACGAACUUGGUGCAAUAGAUCCUACGUGCAACUCGCUUAUAUUAAUGGGAGAUCUUAAUAUCGACUUGCUAGACUUGAAUAAUUGUGAAAGUUGCUCAAGAGAACUAUCAGACGCUUUCAUAGAAUGGGAUAACACUGUGGAUGACAGUACCUCACCCUUCAGCUCUCCCAGUGAUUCAAUUCCGAACGUUUCUGAUCGUCGGUCAAAUCUGAAUUACUCACAAAUUCCGAGAGAUUCAAGUUCGGAAACAGAAUAUGCCCAAAGUUUAUCGGAAGAUAGUGACAAAAAACUUCCAGAUGACUCAGGCAAAUGGUCCGGGAACUUAAGGGAAACUGUACGAAAUUGA